AAAUUGGCCAUUGCAGCUCCCAGACUUUGCAUUAAGCGGCAGCUAGAAACCUAGUACACCUCUCUCCUGCGUCAACCGAACACACCUUCGCUAUGGCCCCAGACCUGGGUAAAGCCGGCUCCACCGACAUUCUCACCGGGCUCCAAGGCGACUCCCGGUCAUCUGCUUUCGCACUCAAAGGCCGCAACCUCACCGUAUGCGGCCACCAAUUCCUUCUGGAUGUCCCUCCCAACAUCGUCCUCAGCCCGUCCUCCACCACUUGCGAGGGCAAGGACCAGGGCCAGAGCCAGGGAGCGGGCGACGAAAGCGGAUGCUUCGUGGGGUUCGCGAGCGACACCCCCGAGAGCAGGCAUGUCGUGCCGCUGGGCCGCCUGCUAGGCAUUCGGUUCAUGAGCAUCUUCCGGUUCAAGGUGUGGUGGACAACCCAUUGGGUGGGCAACAGGGGCAGCGACGUGGAGCACGAGACCCAGAUCCUGAUGCUCGACCACUCCCGACAGUCCGGUCGUCCCUAUGUGCUCCUCCUCCCCCUCAUCGAGGGGGCCUUCCGGGCAUCCCUCCAGCCUGGGGAGGAGGAGUACGUGGACUUGUGCGUGGAGAGCGGGUCCACGCGGGUGAGGAGUUCCGAGUUCCGGAGCUCCCUCUACAUGCACGCUGGAGACGACCCCUUCGCGCUCGUCAAGGACGCCGUGAGGGUGGUGAGGUCCCACUCGGGCACUUUCAAGCUCCUGGAGGAGAAGACGCCACCGGGCAUCGUCGACAAGUUCGGGUGGUGUACCUGGGACGCCUUCUACCUGAAGGUGCACCCGGAGGGCGUGUGGGAGGGGGUGAAGGGCCUGGCGGAGGGCGGUUGCCCCCCGGGGCUCGUCCUCAUCGACGACGGCUGGCAGUCCAUCUCCCACGACGACGACCCCACGGAUGAGGAAGGCAUGAAUCGGACGUCCGCGGGGGAGCAAAUGCCCUGCAGGCUGAUCAGGUUCCAGGAGAACUACAAGUUCCGAAACUACAAGAGCAAGAGGACCGACUCCGCCUCCGACACCGGCAUGGGGGCGUUCGUGAGGGACCUGAAGGCCGCCUUCGGGAGCGUGGAGCACGUGUACGUGUGGCACGCGCUGUGCGGCUACUGGGGAGGGCUGAGGCCGCGGACGCCGGGGCUGCCACCGGCCGAGGUGGUGAAGCCGAGGCUGUCCCCGGGUCUGCAGAUGACGAUGGAGGACCUGGCGGUGGACAAAAUCGUUAACAACGGUGUGGGGCUGGUGCGGCCAGAGAGCGCCGCAGAGCUCUUCGAGGGGCUGCACUCCCACCUGGAGUCGGUGGGCAUCGACGGCGUGAAGGUGGACGUCAUUCAUUUACUGGAGAUGCUCUGCGAGGAUUACGGCGGGCGAGUGGAGCUGGCCAAGGCCUACUACCAAGGGCUCACCGACUCGGUGAAGAAGCACUUGGGAGGCAACGGCGUCAUCGCCAGCAUGGAGCACUGCAACGAUUUCAUGUUCCUCGGCACCCACUCCGUCUGCCUCGGCCGAGUCGGGGAUGACUUCUGGUGCACCGACCCGUCGGGCGACCCCAACGGCACCUUCUGGCUGCAGGGGUGCCACAUGGUGCACUGCGCCUACAACAGCCUGUGGAUGGGCAACUUCAUCCACCCCGACUGGGACAUGUUCCAGUCCACCCACCCCUGCGCUGCCUACCAUGCCGCCUCCCGCGCCAUUUCCGGCGGCCCCAUCUACGUCAGCGACUCCGUCGGACACCACGACUUUGACCUCCUCAAGCGCAUGGCCUUGCCCGACGGCACCAUCCUGCGCUGCGACCACUACGCUCUCCCGACCAGGGAUUGCCUCUUCGAGGACCCGCUGCACGACGGCAAGACCGUGCUCAAGAUCUGGAACUUGAACAAGUUCACCGGCGUCCUUGGAGCCUUCAAUUGCCAAGGCGGGGGAUGGUGCCGCAAAGCCCGGAGGAACAAAUCUGCAGCCGAGUUUUCACGCACCUUAACGGUGACGACAAGCCCGAUGGACAUCGAGUGGCAGAACGGAAAGAAGCCGUUCCCGGUGGAGGGGGUGGAAUUGUUUGCGGUGUAUCUGUCGCGAGCUGGGAAGCUAAUGCUGCUUAAGCCGACAGAGACGGUGGAGGUCACCCUGGAUCCAUUCGGGUAUGAGCUGCUCACAGUGUCUCCGGUGAAGGCGCUACCGUCCAAGAAAGCCGUCUGGUUUGCUCCCAUCGGGCUGGUGAACAUGUUGAAUUCGGGUGGCGCCAUCCAGGCGCUCCAAGUGGAGGGUUCCAAGGUGAAGAUGGAGGUGAAGGGAGCGGGUGAAAUAAAGGCCUUCGCAUCGGCGAGGCCCGUCGAAUGCCGGAUAAACGGAGAGGAAGCAGGGUUUGUGUACAAGGAGAACAUGGUGGACUUGCAGGUUCCAUGGUCGGGAUCGUCCUCUAAGAUGUGUCUCAUCGAUUACACCUUCUAGUUUGCUGGUCAGUGACAGGCCGCUGAUCCUGUGUAAAUAAUGAUACAACUCUUUUUCUUCCUCCCUCUGUUCUUCUAACUUCUCCUGUAUCGAUCAUGAUUCCAAGUAGUAGAAGGCCAAUGAUAUGACUCUUUUUCUUCCUCUGUUUUA